AUGAAAACACAAAGCAAUCAAAUUCACUGCUGCUUCUCACUGCAACUUCGAUGGCAGCUCCUAUUUUUCUCCCCUCUCCCACUUUCACCACUUACAGGACAAUCCAAGCCUCUCUAAACUUGAAUUCACGGUGUUGGCUUCGAACCCAGAAACCCAAGCUCCUGCUUUACAUGGUACCUGCUACUCCAACUCCAACUGUUUGCAGCCGCCAAUUCAUGUUCAAACCUUAUGCUGCAGUUAACUCAUUAGAAACCCAUGUCUCUACUCAUCAAAAUAAGGCCGCUUCUGGUGUUUCAUCACAAAAUGGCUUCCACAGGUCUAAAACAUUGUUUGACAAAGCAAGUGACUCCUCUGAUGGCAUGAGUGACUUUGAGAGGCAGCUUCAAGAGCUAUUUAAUGAAGUCAAAACUUUAAUUACGACGGGGAAGGAGAAGGAUGCUGUAGACCUACUUCAAGCAAAUUAUGAAGCUGUAAAAGAACAGAUGAAUGACGGUUCUAAAGGCAUUGAAGAAGCUGCUAUUCUCGAUGUCAUUGCUAUGGGUUACAUGGCUGUCGGAGAAUUUAAGUCUGUACGGUCUCUGCUCGAUGUGAUUAGUGAAGUUAUAGAUGAUCUAAACAAUGAUGAACCCCUUCUCGACUCAAUACUUGUGCAUAUGGGAAGCAUGUAUUCAAAUUUGGGGGAGUUUGCGAAAUCCUUGCCUGUUAAUCAAAGAGCUACCGAUAUUCUAGAGAACAGACACGGUAAAAAUAGUGUUGUUCUUGUCACACCAUUGUUGGGAAUCGCAAAAGUCCUUAGUUCUACUGGAAAAGCUACAAAAGCAGUUGAUAUUUAUCAUCGUGUGAUUCGCAUCUUGGAACUAAAUAGAGGUGUCGAAACUGAGGAUCUUGUUGUACCUCUGUUUGGUCUUGGAAGUCUUUUAAUAAAGGAGGGCAAAGUUACAGGUGCAGAAAACUCUUUUAUUAGAAUUCUAAAUAUAUAUACCAAGUUAUAUGGGGAGAACGAUGGAAGAGUCGGACUUGCUAUGUGUUCCCUAGCCCACGCAAAGUGUGCGAAAGGGAAUGCAAAUGAAGCCAUUGAUUUAUACAAGAAGGCUCUCCAGAUUAUAAAAGAUGCGAGUUAUAUGCCGUUAGAUGAUAGCAUGAUGGAGAAUAUGCGAAUAGAUUUGGCAGAACUACUUCAUGUUGUGGGAAGAGGAAGAGAAGGUCGCGAGCUGCUGGAGGAAUGUUUAUUGAUCACUGAGAAACGUAAAGGAAAAGAUGAUCCCAGCUUAGUUACACACUACCUAAAUCUUGCAGCAUCGUAUUCACAGUCAAAAGAUUUUGUAACGGCUGAACGCUUGUUGAGGACUAGUUUAGAAAUCAUGAAAAGGGCUGACGGGCCUGAAAAUCCUUCCAUCACUUUCCCAAUGUUGCAUCUUGCUGUGACCCUUUACCAUUUAAAGCAGGAUGAAGAAGCUGAAAAAAUAGCACUUGAGGCUUUACGCAUCCGCAAGAAGGCAUUCAGAAAAGACUCCCUCCCUGUUGGGGAGGCUUUGGAUUGUUUGGUGUCAAUUCAGAGCCGAUUAGGGAAAGGUGAGGCUGAGUUACUAGAGCAGCUUGAGAGAGUUUUGAAGAUUCAAGAGAGAGAGUUUGGCAGUGAGAGCGAGGAAGUUAUGGUAACCCUAAAUAAGGUUGUAUUCUACUUGGAUAAAUUAGGGAAGAAGGACGAGAAAUUUGCACUACAAAAAAGGCUGUCCAGACUUCAGAUGAAAUACAAACAAAGUGUUCGAUAUUAGUACAGCAUAUAGAGCAUCAUUUUCCAAAGUAAACGGCAUAUUCUUGCUUGAGUGUUUGUUUUUACAGAGGCUUCUCUCGGAUUUUCAUCUAACCUGAGUUGCUCUGUGGUAAAGGGAAGAUUAGUGCGGCAGUUGUGGAUAGGAGGUGGAAAACAUUAUGUUUACGUUUUAAUUGUUCUUGGAGUAAAGAAUAUGGAGUUUAGUGCUACCACCUAUGCUAUUUGCACUAGGGGUUUUGUAUCAGAGACGGUGGUGUCCAACAUAGGUAUGACCAUUUUUUGUUUUUGACGUUUUUAUGCAUUUUGAAGGGUUAUUUAGAGUGUCGUAAAAUGUCCAAAACUGUGUAUUCCACGGAUAUGUUGGUAAAAUGAAGCGUUAGGUUUCUGGCUGUACAACCCGGGAGGAUGUUCAUAGAGAUAGUAUGAAAGAGGUUAAGAGUACGUUUUAAGAUCAAUGGGAUUAAUGUUGAGAUACUAGAUAAAACAUUUUUUAUCUACAAGUUGUGUAAUUAUGACAUUGUCCUUCAAUCUAAACAUUAGUCUUAAA